UUACUAUACAACAACCAGACAAACGAACGUAUCGCAGGAGAGAAAAAUCGUACGGAAAUAUCCCAUUCCUAAAUCCAUCCCCAGGGGAUAACUCACUCCCUUCAAUCUUUGCAUAUUACUCAGGGGAGUAGAUUCGUUUUUCUUUUAUUUUUUAUUUCUAUUUUGGGCUCUUUUGGGUUCACCAAGAACGGCUGCCCGUAUCGUUCUUAGCCGAUGGCGGAAGUCACCGACCUACGCCUCUCCGACCAACAAAAUCUAUCCGCCCCUGCCACCACUAUCGGCGACAGCGCCGUCGCCUUUGCGGAGGACGAGGAUGAGGAGCCACAACCCGAUGUUUACGCCUUAAAUUUCCAUUCCCUCUCUCCUCCUAAUCCUUCCUUCUUGAUUGAUGACAACCUCAAUUUCACCGCCAUUUCAGAAUCCGAAUCCGGCUCUCAGCAUUCCGAAUCUGUUCACUCCGACCAGAAUUUCCUCUACUACAGCCCAGAAGACGACGACGACGACGAUCAAAUGAAUUUCGUUACGGAUUUAUUCGCGACCCGCCAUGGUAUCCCCGACCAUGGACUGUGUAAUUCUGAAUCCGGGUGUACUUGUCUGGACGAAGAACCCGAAUUAGUUUUAGGUGCACAGGCCGAAUGCAAUGGGGUUGAUGCUCUUCCGUCAAUGGUCGGCGGUCUUCGAAUUGUGAACAUGGAAUCGGAGUCCGACUCGGAAGCUGCGGAGAUCCAUUCUAGGGUUGAUAGAGCAAAUGAUCAUGAUGGGUUGAAUCCAAAUUAUGAUGACUUGGACGAGUUUUGGGAUUGCCCGCAAUUUGAUAGUCAACGGGCGAGGGCUUUUUUUAACGAAGAAUUCGAAUGGGAGGAAGUGAAUGUUAGGGAAAAUCUGAGUUCUUUGAUUGAUCGAAUAGAGGAAAUUUCAGUUUCCUCUGACACUGAAAAUUCGACUUUUGAUACUGGUGGUGGAGAACAUGAUGAAGAAAAUGCAAGAAACGUGGAAUGGCAGGUCCUAUUAGCAGUUAACAAUCUGGAAAUAGCAGUUGGUUUUGAUGAAUAUAUCGUCCUGUUUGGGGAACAUGUUGAUGCAGAGAGUACUGUUAAGGGUGGUCCGCCAGCUGCCAAAUCCGUGGUUGAAAAUUUGCCUUCAGUAGUUUUGACGACGGAGGAUUUAAUGGCAAAUGAUGUGGUUUGUGCAGUUUGCAAAGAUGAGAUUUCUCUGGGGGUGGAGGUGACUAGGCUACCCUGUAGUCACCAUUAUCAUCAGGACUGCAUUAUGCCCUGGCUAAGCAUUCGUAAUACAUGUCCUCUUUGUCGCUUUGAGUUACCUACAGAUGAUGUGGAUUAUGAGAGAAGAAAGAAUAGAAAUGGCGCUGGCACUAGCCUGAUUGGUGAUUUGCAAUUUAGUAAUUAUCAACUUUUACCCUGAGAGUGUCCGUAGAUUGUCAAUUGUGGAGGAUAUCUUUAGGCAGAUGAUAUUUUAGGUCUUGGUGAAGAUACCGACGUUUUCUUCUUGUGCAUUUUCGAAUGUUGUAAUGGUAAAGUCACAAGCUUUACAGUUAGUGGAGUGUUACAUUGGGAAAUUUUGUGCUUUUUGCCAUUGAAUAAAUCAUGUCUUGUUGCGAUGUAAGUAUGAUAGAGAGUUACAUGUAGUGUAAAACCACUGUUUAUAUGAAUGAACCGUUUUAACUUUAUGGACCA